UCCUUGGAAACCAUGCAAAACCAGAGUUUAGUAACUGAAUUUGUCUUCCUGGGACUAUCACAGAAUCCAAGUGUUCAAAAACUGAUAUUUAUUAUAUGUUUGUUUGUCUACAUUGCAACUAUCGGAGGCAACAUGACAAUUGUGGUAACCAUUGUCUGUAGCCCUACACUGCUGAGCUACCCCAUGUAUUUCUUUCUGGCUUUUCUGUCUUUACUUGAUGCAAGUUUCUCUUCUGCCAUGACACCGAAGAUGAUUGUGGAUUCUCUCUAUGAGAGAAAAACUAUCUCCUUUGAAGGAUGCAUGAUACAACUUUUUUCUGAACACUUCUUUGGUGGGGCUGAGGUGAUUGUUCUGACAGCCAUGGCCUAUGACCGCUAUGUGGCCAUUUGCAAGCCCUUACACUACUUUUCCAUCAUGAACUGGAGGCUCUGUGGCACUCUGAUAGGAGUUGCCUGGGCAGGGGGAUUCUUACAUUCCAUCAUACAAAUCAUCUUCACUUUGCAGCUGCCCUUCUGUGGACCCAAUGUCAUUGAUCAUUUCAUAUGUGAUUUGUACCCAUUGCUGGAGCUUGCCUGCACUGACACUCACAUCUUUGGCCUUUUAGUGGUUGCCAACAGUGGAUUUAUCUGCAUCAUAAUCUUCUCCUUAUUGCUUGUUUCAUAUGGUUUUAUCUUGCUCUCACUGAGAUCCCACAGUUCUGAAGGGCGAUGGAAAGCUCUGUCUACUUGUGGGUCCCACAUUGCUGUUGUGAUCUUGUUCUUUGUUCCAUGUAUAUUUACAUAUGCAAGACCUCCUACUGCCUUCUCCUUUGACAAAAUGGUAGCAAUAUUUUACACCAUGUUAUCGCCAUUGCUUAAUCCAAUGAUUUACACUUUUCGGAAUAAGGACAUGAAGAAUGCCAUAAGGAAAGUGUGGAAGAAAUUGAUAGUACAUUCAGAUGAAACAUAA